ACGCGUCUGCCCUCCCAGACCCCGGGAGCUGAACCUGGCCGCCGCCGCAGUCUUCUCUCCUCCGCGCGGGCUUUCCGCGUUGCUCGGUCUCCUCUGAGGUCGCGCGGGUUUCUGCUCGCCGGGAGCAUGGGGCCGCUGGGCGCGGAGGAGCGCUGCUGGCCACCCUGCUGCUGCUGGCGCCGCCUGCGGCGGGGUCAGUGCAAAGCUCCAGAACACUUCUCAUUUGCCAUGCCUACGAAUCCAAUCGAUCAGUCUGAGUUUCCCGUUGGAACAUCUUUGAAGUAUGAAUGUCGCCCAGGUUACUACCGAAGACGGUUCUCUAUCACCUGCCAGAAUACCUUAGUCUGGACAAGUGCUGAAAACUUUUGUAAACGGAAAUCAUGUCAAACUCCUUCAGAUCCCGUGAAUGGCAUAGUGACUAUAGCCUCAGACACCAACUUUGGAUCCCGAAUUAGCUAUAGUUGUAAUAGAGGGCACCGACUUGUGGGCUCUCCCUCUGCUGUGUGCAUGCUCUCAGGCAAUAAUGUUGCCUGGAUAGUGAACCACCUCUUUGUGAGAGGAGAAGUGCUGAAAAUUGAACCCAGGGUCUCCUGUGUUAAACACACCAUCUACCGCGAAGCCACACACUCAGCCCUGAGGUUCUACAUUUUGAUAGGGGUCAAUUUAUGAAUAUUUCCUUUUGAGCUCCUGCCUUUGCUGCUCUAUGUUAGAAAUCCUGAUCUGUCUUGAAGAAUAUUUUCCCAUAUUAUACUCUAAACUUUAUUGUUUUGUCUUAAUGAUUAAGUGUAUGAUUUGUAUGGCGUGUGGUUAAGUUUUAGGGAGUUCUGUCUGAUUUUCAUAGUGGAUAGGCUUUCACUCUAAUGCCAUUUAUUAUAAAGAUCAUUUCUUGAACACUGCAGGAUAACAGAAUCAUAGCCAUAAAUCAGAUGAUCUUAUAUGUUGGUCUUAUUCCAGACAGACACUGUUAUUUACCCACUAAAUUACUAUGUUAAGUAUCAUUAUAUUAAGAUUUGUUAUCUGGUGUCAAAUAUCUUUUUACUAUGUGAUUCUUCUGGAUUUGCUUGAUGGUUCUUGAACCUUUGCUUCUCUAUAAAAAUCUAGAAUUGGCAUGUCAAUUUCCACAAAAAGAAUCCUACUUGAAUUUUUAUUAGUUCAGUAAAUUGAUUUAUAAACAAAUUUGCAUUUUAAGUUCUAGAUUCAUUAGCAGAUACACUUAUUUUUGAAAUUUUUUAGUAGCAUGUGCUAAUUUACAUUAUAGAAAUAUUUUACAUCUUCCAUUAGACUUACUCCUAGUAUUAUUUUUUAAAGUUUAUUCUAUUUGUUCAACCUUGGAGCCAACAAUCUCACUAAAUGUACCUAUAAGUUCAAUAGUUUAUCUGCAUAUCCUUUAAAUUUGCUGCCUAAUUUGCUUUCAGGUUAAGUAUUUAGAAUGUUUAAAUUUAUUAUGGUUACUGAUAUAGUUAGGUAUAAGUCUAACACCUGUCUAUUUUCUGUUUAAUAUUUUGUUCCUUUAUUCUUCAUUUC